AGACUUUGGAAACUCAUCUGUCCUAUAUCGCGUUAAACCCCUCACAACAACCUUGAUUUUGUCGUGCAUUAUUAUCCCGCAAAUACCAGAUUAUACACGAAUAUCAUCAUGUCUUCAUGCACUCCCACCUACCUCCCGUCGCCGAACUGGGACAUCCCCGCCGACAGCAACAUCGUAGUCCUGGGCCGCCUAAUCAAAGACCCCAAGAAUCCACAGAGCAAAGUCCCCCGUAGCAGCGACAACCCCAUCCCGCCACUCAGGAUUUACGAGGGAGAAAAGACGGACUGGCAAACGACCGUCGAGCGCACCCGCUCGGGCAGCAUCGGACUCUGGGCGAAAUGCCUGCAAUUUGUCGGCGGACAACUGAGCUUCGGCCAACUCAAGUCGGCGAUGGAAGACCACAGGUUCGCCAAUCUGGAGACGAGGUAUUUCCUUCCAGACGAUGACUACCUCGCUCAGGCGCUCGAAGAUGCAGGCGUGCAGGCGUAUUUCCACGUGAACAACCACCGGAAGCCCGUUUACCUGAUCACCGGGAUCAAGAUUGCGAGGGGUGCCAGCGUCAGCACCCAGAGCAGCACUGAGAGAUUGGUGCAGGCUGAGGUGAAGGCAGAUGCGACGAGCGUGGGGGCGCCCGUCGAGGUGGGACCCGAGACAAGUUGGGAGUCGACGAAGAAGAGAGGGGUCUCGUACGGCGGGUCGACCGACUACAUCUUUGCCUACCAGCUCACGAGGAUGAAGCCGAAGAAAGGAGGCAGGGAAUCAAAGAACCAGAGUUAUGUGAAGGGUGCAUUGUAUGGGAAGCGUGAGGAGGGUGAUGCUGCGGAAGUCAAGCUCCGUGACGUCUUUGAGAUUGAGGAGGAGGCCAGUCAUGGGUUCCCUGACACUUGGGAGCAGGUCGAUGGGGAUGAGGUUUAACCAUGUUGCUCUCUUGGGCCAGCGUAUUUGAUUAACAUCUUUUAAUCCUCUUCUAUCACUCUAUCAUUAAACGAAUAUGAGUCUGGGUCUGCCUCGUAGAGCUCAUGAGAGAGUUGUGCCCCCUUUCAAAAGCUUGAAUCCACCUGUAUCAUCGUGCUCCCUGAUACCAACAACCACUCGAGGCAGACAACUCAUGGGCUAUGUGGCGCCCGUCAGCCAAAAAGUGAAACUCGUGUCAAGUUCCAACGUUACUCCCUACGCCACAAAAUCCAGAGCACUCGACGCGAUUAGAGGUCCAGCCUGGACAGAACACCAUGAUCCUACCCUUCCAGUAACGUGUCUGCUACGUCGCGUAAGAUCUUCAAAGUAGCCGACUUCUUCUGCGUUAAACCCUGACACUGAUGCUGGAGUAUAUUUACUGUUAUUUUUGCGGUUGUUCUGUAGUGCCACGGAAAUGGC